CUUCGGCUGCUGCUUCGUCUUUGUUCAUGUGUGUACUUUCCUCAGCGAAACAAAGCGCGAAACAAUCCCCUUGUUGGUGAACCCUGGUCUAGCUGGACGUGGGAUAUCCUGUCUCCCGAACACAACGCCAGCCAACACUUCCCAGAGACUUCAAAUAACCAUCAUUGGGUCUCUCGCCUGGUUGAUUGACAGGGGUCAUUUCAAGUUUUCUCGUGCAAUUCCUCCUGGACAAGAUUCUCUGGACAGAGCUGGUCUCUCGUACAAGAAGUCCCUAGCGGCACCCCGACGUCGAUUGUAGAGUCUUCUUCCCAUUCGUUUUUUCUUUUCACUUCUCCUUAUCAAAAGAUGCAUUCCCUUCUUCUCUGCUCGUCCCUGGUUGGACUUGCUUCUGCAGCAGAGCUCGAAAAGCGCCAUGGAGGCUUCUCGGUGUACGAGAUGCUCAACGACGACCUCGCACGUCUCAGUCUGAUGGUCCUAGGCCUGAUGGCUGCCUUCAUCUAUGUAUGGAAGAUGUGGCACCGCCUGGCAAGCCAUAUGAGACGCCUCGCGAGCUUUACCAAUGAGCGCCAACGAUACUUCGUUUCCCCCCACGGCAUGCUCGCAAAGAUCAACAACUAUAUCAUCUAUGCUCCGUUAUUCCGCACCCGACACAAUCGCGAGUUUCAGUUGUCCCGGGCCGUCAACAUGGGAACGCUGCCGAGCCGUUUCCACUCGUUUCUUUUGGUUGGUAUCGUCGCCAUGAACAUCGUCCUUUGCGUCGUCACUGUGCCCUAUGGGUCGUCAGAGACCACAGUUGCGGGCCUGAUCCGCAACCGCACCGGAACCAUGGCGACUGUGAACCUUAUUCCUGUGGUGCUUAUGGCCGGCAGGAACAAUCCCCUGAUCACCCUGCUUCAGGUGCCUUUCGACACCUUUAAUUUGAUCCACCGUUGGCUCGCUCGGAUUGUCGUCCUACAGUCACUUGCGCAUGUGUUUGCCUGGGCUAUCCCCAAGGCUCAGAAAUCUGGUUGGGAUGUCAUUGGAAUGGUUUUUGGCGAGAGCAGCUUUAUGUUGAAUGGGCUGAUCGCCGCAUGCGCCUUCACUGCCCUCCUCGUGCAUUCGCCCUCCCCCAUCCGCCAUGCAUUCUAUGAGACCUUCCUCCACCUUCACAUGGUGCUGGUUGCGCUUUCGUUCGGCUUCUUGUGGCUGCACUUGGAUGGCAUGGUUUCUCAAAAUUACCUUCUCGUGGCCGUUAUCUUCUGGGCCCUCGAGCGAGCCGCCCGGAUUUUCAUCAUUCUGUACCGCAACUGUGGGAGGGAGUCCACGACGGCGCAUAUCGAGGCCCUCCCGGGCGACGCAAUGCGGAUUACACUGAAGAUGACACGUCCCUGGGCCUUCCACCCCGGUCAACACAUCUACCUAUACAUCCCAUCUGUUGGAUGGUGGAUGAGCCACCCGUUCUCAGUCGGGUGGAGCGAGGCUGAAGAAUUCCCCGCGGGCGAAAAAGGCAUCCCCAUGACACAGCAAGACUUGGUGAGCUUGAAGAAAACAACCAUUUCCUUGCUGGUGCGUCGGCGAACCGGAUUCACCGACAAACUGUUCCAACGUGCCCAAAAGUCUACCGGGGGGCGUGUGUCCCUACGGGCGUUCGCUGAAGGGCCGUAUGGCAGCAUCCAUACCAUGGACUCCUACGGCACAGUCAUGCUCUUUGCCGGCGGUGUUGGAAUCACGCAUCAAGUACCAUUUGUUCGCCAUCUCGUCAAAGGCUUUGCUGAAGGAACCGUGGCUGCCCGUCGCGUCACCUUGGUCUGGAUCAUUCAGUCCCCCGAACACCUCGAGUGGAUUCGGCCCUGGAUGACCAGCAUCCUCGCCAUGGACCGUCGCCGGGAAGUGCUUCGGAUUAUGUUGUUUAUCACCCGGCCGCGCAACACCAAGGAGAUCCAGAGCCCCAGCGCUACCGUUCAGAUGUUCCCCGGUCGACCCAAUGUGGACACUCUGGUCGGCCUGGAGGUCGAGAACCAGAUCGGGGCUAUGGGUGUGCUCGUUUGCGGAAACGGAAGCCUGAGCGACGAUGUUCGUCGGGUCUGCCGCAAGAAACAGGACCAGACCCAGGUGGAUUUCAUCGAAGAGAGUUUUACGUGGUAAGGCUGGGCUGAGGGUUCCUUUAUAAAUGGGGCGGUCAUUUUGGCCCCAUUUCGCCCCCGUCCCAACCAGGCUUGGAAGCCAUGUCUCAUUCGCUCACUUUGAUUAUCUCUACGAGUUGCUCUCGUGUCGGAUUCUGCCGGUGUUUUUUUGGGUUGCUAUUGGUUUAGGGUAUAUAGUUGUCUUUCUGCGUGGCUCCGAGCUUCCGG